GCAUUGUGUGGUGGGGAAUAAAGCAUUUUGUGCACUGUAAUACACAGUUACUGCUGAAAAACCAGGGCUCAGGCUCCUCCUGGCCGCCUUGACACUUCCUUGUUCUUAAGUCAGCUUUUCUGAAAAUGCAGAUUUUUCAGCUCCAGUUGAACUUUUAUUUGGCAUAGCCAAACACAUCAUAAAAAAUUUGAUGCAUUUCAUAAGAAGUUUUAAAGCCUUAUGGUGCUGAUUGAUACUUGCUCAUUUUUAAGUGCUCUAUGUAACAGAAGGAGAUGCAGACAGGAGUGGUGGUGUCAUGAGUCUUCAUAUUGACCAUCAUGACUGCUGAAGAAUCCUGUUAGAUGUGAAAAUACCAUCUUAACUAUUUCCAAAUUGUAUGUACUUUGGUGAGCAAAGACCAUUUUAUUUAGGAAGCUCUGACAUUGCUCAACCAAAUACUCAAGUUAUUCUUGUUUUUCUUUUAAUCUCUCAGGAAAAAAAAUGCUUUGCAGGAACUGUAAAGUGGGCAAAAUGCAUAGUGCGUAUGUUCAAAUUCUCCGUCAUAUCUUUACCAUUUAUGUAGGUCUUUACCUCUGGCAACAUAUUUUUGAAGGAGUCCUUGAGCCAGCUGAUGUGAGUGCACAAUGGAGAGAAGGAAGCCAAAGUACAGGAAAAAUGCACUUCAGCUUCAUCACGGGCCCGGCCGUGGUGCCGGGCUACUUCUCGGUGGAGGCUGAGCACGUGGUGCUGGUGCUGAACGGGCGGGAAGAGGCCAAGGUGGCGCAGGCCGCCCGGUGGCUGCUCUUCGCCCAGACGCUCCUUGAGAGCCGCAGGAUCCGGCACGUGGCCGUUGUGCUGCUCGGCAGCGAGCGGUGCCGCAACGACUGGAUACGGCCCUUCCUGAGCCGGAACGGGGGCUUCGUCAGGCUGCUCUUCGUAACCUACGACUAUCCGUUGGCUAACGAAGAGGACAUUUUCCAGUGGCCUUUGGGAGUAGCUACCUACAGAAAUUUUCCAGUUGUAGAACCAAACUGGGCAAUGCUACAUAAUCCAAGAUCAUAUCUGUGCAACUUUUUGGGAACAAUUUAUAAAAAUUCUUCUAGGGAAACCCUAUUGGAAAUUCUGAAACAGGAUGGGCUUGAUAAACUUUGCUGGAUUGCAGCCAGAGAACAGUGGCAGCCUCAAGAAACAAAUGAAAGUUUCAGAAAUUAUCAAGAUGCUUUGCUGCAGAGUGAUCUGACAUUGUGCCCCGUGGGAAUAAAUACAGAAUGCUAUAGAAUAUACGAAGCCUGUUCGUAUGGAUCUGUGCCGGUUGUAGAAGAUGUAAUGACACCAGGUGACUGUGGAAAUUCCUCCGUGCAUCACAGUGCUCCGUUGCAGUUACUAAAGACCAUGGGGGCUCCAUUUAUCUUUAUUAAAGACUGGAAAGAGCUUCCUUCUCUUUUAGAGGAAGAAAAGAAAAAGAGCUUACAAGAGAAGAUUGAGAGGAGAAGAAAGCUGAUAGAAUGGUAUCGAAACUUCAAAGCGUGGAUGAGGCAGAAAUUCAUUCAUACUUUGGAAAAAUCAUUUUUACCCGAUGAUAAAGGAUAAAUUGCUU